GGCCAAUGCCUCUGGGGCCUUUACCGUUCGUGUUUGGAGCAACGGACGUCCGCGCUUGUGCUUUGACAAUUCUGCGCAACUAUCUCCUGGACCACGAACUCUGCCCGGUGGCGAUCGACCUCGAUAAGAAGGUCGAGCUAGCGCUCUACAUUCUCUGGCUUUCUUGAACAGCGUGUAUAUAACGUGUCCUCCUGGUGCUCUCCCUUAUACCUCUUCGCUACCUCUCGCCUUGUUACCCCAAGUCUUCUUCUCAUCCUCCGUUGAGCCAUCAUGCCCGUCUCCGUCGAAACCCAAAACGAGAACGUCAACCUCCCAUCUUCUUGGUAUCGCUCCGACGCUAUCUAUCAGCUCGAGCGCCGCGCCAUUUUCUCCAAGAAGUGGCUUUUCUUAUGUCACACCAACCGAUUCACGAAGACGGGCGAGUAUAUUAAGUUCGCCUUUGCCGGGUACAACAUCUUCGCGAUCAAAGACCGCGAAGGACAAAUUAACGCCUUCCACAACGUUUGUCGCCACCGUGCGUUCCCCGUCGUGGGAACAAACGCAAAGCGUAUCAAGGAGAACCUGCCCGAUCCGCUGACCGAGUCUGGUCAAGUGGCCGUCUUGCAUUGCAAGUUCCAUGGCUGGAGCUACACCAUGAAGGGUGACCUUGCCAAAGCACCCGGAUUUGACGAAGUCGAGAACUUUGACCCUAAGAAGAACAGUCUCUUCGGCAUCAGGACACACAUCGACCAACUCGGAUACCUCUACGUCAACCUGGACACGUCCGAGGACUACAUCAAAUGGGAAGAGCAAUUUGGCGACGUCGAUAGCCAGCCUCGAGUUCAAGGUUUCGACACGAGCAAGUACAAGUAUGCCUUCAGCUGGUCAUUCGAGAACUGCCAAUACAACUGGAAGACUCUGGUCGACAACUACAACGAAUGCUAUCACUGCAAAGUUGCGCAUCCAGGAAUUGCCAGCACGGUAGACCUGAAGACAUACUACGUUCAAGGGCAGAAAGGCUACGUCGCACACUUUUCGCCACCAAAGCCUGAGAACAAAGAAAAGGAGGUAGACGGAUCCAUCGUUGCUACCUUCCUAUUCCCUUUUGCCUCCAUCACCCUCAUGCCCGCUUAUGCCUACACCAUGCGAGUGGUUCCAAUCGACGCUCACAGAACCGAGAUGCAAUAUGAUGUCUACCGUCCAGAAGGUGCUUCUGACGAGGAUUUCGACUCCACCCACCAGUUCUUCCUCCAGGUCGAAGAGGAAGACAAAUUCCUCUGCACAAACGCCCAAAAGAACAUGGAAGCCGGUAUCUACCAGACUGGUUCUCUACACACAAGACAAGAACACGGUGUCCUCCACUUCCAAAGCCUCGUCAAGGAGUCCCUCAUGUCUCACCGCGCCGCUGAAGAAGCCGCAGGCCGCGAGAUCUUCCCCGCGCUCCCUGAUGGUGGCAGACAGAGCAAGGAGGACGCUUUCUGCAAAAAGCUCGAGUCGACGUGUGGCACCCCCAAGAUGAUGGAGUGGUGAACCUAUUUGGGGUGAGGUAGUUUUAUCGGUGGUGGUGGUGGUGGGCGUCUGUACGAUAGGAGCGGUGAUGUGUGGCAGUUCGAGUGCAUGUAUGGUCGAUGAAGUUUGUGUAUUACCGGUGAUGGAUGUUGUAUGUUCCGUAGGUGUAGUGGAUGGAUCCCAUAUCCGGUUGACGAGGAAUAUGAAUACCC